AUGCAUCACCGUCGAGGUGAUAAACAGCGCCGGCGCAAGUCCUCAAAGCAUCAACGGAAGCAUAGCCAGUCGUCACCUGUGGAUCUGCAGCUUCCGCCGCACGGGACGACAUCCCCUUGCACCAUUUCAGAGCAGCGCGCAGCAUAUAACCCAGAGCUGGAGAGAAAGCUAAAGCAAAUGGCAAUACCACUAACGCCGCUGGUGCAGAUAACGACAGGCCACAUCCACCCGGCCUUCCCCAUGACAUUACUUAACUACUGGCUCCUUACCGACGACCAACUCGAAUCUCUGGCGCACUUUUACCACCAGCGUACGCUAUCUUUUUGGACCAGCCAGUAUCCACACCCUGUGCAAUGGGGGUCGAAGCUGCCGAUAGAAGAGAAGCGGCGCAGGAUUGGCAAGUUUAUCGGCCUCGGAUGCGAAACUCCCAUUACACUAAAAACAGCUGAGGAGCUGCUAAACGAGGCGAGGCGGGAAGCAGCAAUAGCCGACCACGCCGACGAUAUUUUAAAGCGCAAAUUUGGCUUUUAG